CAGGAGUGCCAGGCUAGAAAAUUCCUACGCUCGGCAGUUCGCUGUUUACACUACGUGGCUGCACAUCGUCGUACUCCGAAAUGGCCAUGGCCCAAACGGCUCGCACCGCCACGGGAAGGCGUCCGACGCACGACUACCAUAGCACAACCAUUUCCCUAAAACAGUCCCGCUCCAAGUCCGCUAAUCCGGCGCAACUGCGUCCAUUGAGCGGCAUCCACGGAGCGGCCGUCUCCUCCCGCCCGCGCUACGUACCACCAUUUUCGAUUCAGUCGCAACAGAAGAAUACCGUCGUCAUCGACGGACCUAUCCAUGAGUCCGCCCCCAAGACAGCCAGUGCCAGGGGACGAGUCCCCAACCCGAAAAUUCUGAGACGGCAGCAAAAGUCAAUGUCCACCUUUAAUUUGGGUCUGGGGCUUAAUGGAUCUACUGUUGGAGGUGGUAAUGAUCCCGGCCGGGGAACCCUCUUUCGGAUGUACUUCGACCGUGGAGACCUGCCCAUUAAGAUGGAGUAUCUCUGCGGUGGCGAUAAAAUCGGCUGGACGGUGGACAUCGAAAAGCUGGACUACAGCCUCUAUCUGCCGCUCUUCUUUGAUGGACUGGCGGAGACUAAGCACCCGUACAAGACAUAUGCCCGCCAGGGAGUCACGGAUUUGCUGCUGGCCGGGGGCGAGAAGAUACACCCCGUGAUACCGCAAUUAAUAUUGCCGCUGAAGAACGCAUUGAGCACACGAAACCUGGAGGUAAUGUGCACGACAUUGAAGAUAAUCCAACAGCUGGUCAUGUCCUCGGAUUUGGUGGGACCCGCCCUAGUGCCCUUCUACAGACAAUUGCUGCCCAUGUUUAAUGCCUUUAAGGUGAAAAACUUAAACUGCGGCGAUGAGAUUGACUAUGCCCAGAAGAACAACCUAAACCUGGGUGAUCUGAUUGAUGAAACGUUGCAGGUGCUGGAACUGCACGGCGGCGAGGAUGCCUUUAUCAAUAUCAAGUACAUGGUUCCGACCUACGAAUCCUGCUAUUUAAAUUGAAUUAC